AUGUGUUCAACAAAUGAAAGAUGUCAAUGUGUGGCGUAUCGUUAUCGAUGUUCGGAAGACGAUGACGCUUGCACUGAAGGUGAACUGAUCAAUGGCGCAACUAAAUGGGAAUACAACUUGGUCACAGAAGCAGCUUGUCAAGAAAUGCAAGCUGACUAUUCAUCCAAUAUCUUUUCGAAUGUGACAUGUUGUUCAACAGAUGAAUGUAAUCGACCACACGACAUUAAAUGUAUACAGUUGUAG